AUGGAGAUUUGUUUUUUACUUUACUUAGACAAUGUUUCACUCAUUAAAAUUUCUUCCUUCCUUCCUUCUUCUCUCCCUUCCUUCUUAUCUCCAUUCUUUCUUGCGUCUUUCUUAUUUCAUUCCACCUAUUUUUCCUUCCCCUUUCUACUUCUAUCCGUCUUUCUCCUCCCGACCCUUGUUCCUUCCUUCUUUAGAUUCUUCCUUCCUUUCUUUCUUCACCCGCAUUCUUUCUUUCUUUCUUUCUUUUUUCUUUCUUUCUUUCUUUCUUUCUUUCUUUCUUUCUUUCUUUCCCCGUAUACUUACUAUCUUUCUUUUUUUCAUUCUUUCUUUCUUUCCUCCCCUGUAUACUUUCUUUCUUUCCUCCCCCGUAUACUUUCUUUCUUUCCUCCCCCGUAUAUUUUCUUUCUUUCUUUCUUUCUUUCUUUCUUUCUUUCUUUCCUGCCCCGUAUACUUUCUUUCUUUCUUUCUUUCUUUCUUUCUUUCUUUCUUUCUUUCUUUCUUUCUUCCCCCGUAUACUUUCUUUCUUUCUUCCUUUCUUUCUUUGUUUCUUUGUUUCUUUGUUUCUUUCUUUCUUUCUUUCUUUCUUUCUUUCUUUCUUUCUUUCUUUCCCCGUAUACUUUCUUUCUUUCUUUCUUUCUUUCUUUCUUUCUUUCUUUCUUUCCCCGUAUACUUUCUUUCUUUCUUUCUUUCUUUCUUUGUAUACUUUCUUUCUUUCUUUCUUUCUUUCUUUUCAUCCGUCUGUCUUUCCUACUUAUUCCUUCCUUAUUUCUACUUCCGACCUACUUCCUUUAUUUUUUCCUGUCUUCCCUCCUCCUGUCUUCUGUUUUGUCUUCUCCCAUCGUUCUUCCUAAUUCCUUUCUUUCUUUCUUCCUUUCUUUCUUUCUAUUCUAUCCUUCUUCCUUCUUUCCUUCCGUAUUCUUCCAGAAAUUUGUCUCUCUCCCGCCUCCCUUCCUUUAUUCCUUUAUUUCCUCCUCCUUUCCUCCUCCUUUGUUCUUCCUUCCUUCUUUCUGUUCGACCGUCCGUUCAUCUUCCUUCCUUUUUUUUUCUUUCCUCUAUGAAUUCUUUAGAAAUAAAUGA